AAUAUAAAUAAUGAGUGUUAUUUACGAUUCAAUUAUUAUUAAUUUUUUUUUUCUAUACAUUUAAAUUUAAUAUAUUAUUUUUAUCCUUAUUAUCAAAUGGUCUCACUUUCGCUAACCAAGGCGGAAAUUGAAAAGUGCAUAAAUAUACAGUGUAAUCCAGCAAAAUGGAAAGGGUUGUUAAUUGGAUCUCUGAAAAAAGUCACCGAACAAGUACAUCCUUCGUUAAAAGCAAGCGAUGAAGCAUUGGAAUAUGUAGAAAUGCUUGUAAUACAAUGCCUUGAAAUAUUAACUUUACGUUCUUCUUCACCUCAUACUGUACAAGAUAUUGAAGAUCAAGUAAAACGGUCUUUUCCAAAACCUAUUGACAAAUGGGCUAUAAGAGAUGCAAAAGAAGCUUUAGAAAAAAAUAAAAAAAAAAAUCCUCUUGUAUUACCAACAGAUAAAAUUCAUAUUCUAAUUCAAAAAGAAAUUUUACAAUACAAAUUAGAUUAUCAAGUUGCUCUAUAUACAACUGCUGUAUUGGAAUAUAUUGCAGCAGAUAUACUGAAACUGGCUGGUAAUUAUGUCAAAAAUAUUCAUCGUGUAGAAAUUGGAUUUCAAGAUCUCCGAGUUGCAUUAUGUGGAGACAAAGUUUUAAUGGAUUUAUUUGGCCAACAUGAUGAUAAUGGUGACUUAAACUUGUCUGAUUUAGGUAUUGAUAAAAUUCAGAGAACAUCAACUACAUAUGAAGAAGUUAUUAGAGAUUUAAUGCAUGAUGAACGUCAGCAUAUAAGGGAUUUACAUUUAAUUUUAAAAAUAUUUAAAGAAGAGAUUGAUCGCAUAAUACCAUCUGGCAGUAGUCUAGAGUUAGAUAGCAUGUUUAAUAACAUUACUGAUAUAUGUAAAGCCACAGGAUUAUUUUUAAGCUCUAUUGAAGAUAUAUUAGAAAUUGCUGAAGAUAAAUCGGCUACUGUUGGUUGUUGUAUUGAAGAGUUAGCAGAAGCAGCAGAGUUUGAUGUAUUUGCUCGCUAUGCCAAUGAUAUAGUUAAAAGUCAGUGUCGUAGUGUAUUUUGGAAUUUAAUUGGAAAACCAGAAGUUUCAAAUUUACUACAAUCUGCUGGUUAUGGCUUUAAAGAAGCAGUGAAAUAUUAUUUUCCUAAGUUACUACUUUUACCUUUAUGGCAUUGUAUUCUAUAUUUUGAAUACAUCAAGAUAUUACAUCAACUUUCUCCAUCGCAGUUAGAUAAGGAAUGCUUAGAGCAAGUUGAAGGUAUGUUGAAACCUUUACAGUUACAGAUGACAGCUGCUGCAAACAAAGUAAAUUUACCUGAUAAUGUCAAAGAAUUUGGACUUAAAAUUAAUGCAACACCUAGACGGUUAUUAGCUAUUGAAAAGUUGAAUGAAAUGCAAAAAGCCAUAGAUGGUUGGGAUGGUAAAGAUAUGGGACAGUGUUGUACAGAAUUUAUUCGUGAAGGAGUACUUAUCAAGGUUUCAAGUGGUGGAAAACGUUGUUCAGAAAGAAAGGCAAUUUUAUUUGAUGGAGUUCUUAUUUUGUGUAAGUCUAAUAAUAGAAGAACAUCAGUAUCAGUUAGCUCACAACUUGUUGGUAGUAUGUCUGAGUUUAAAUUGAAAGAAAAGUUUUUUAUCCGGAAGGUAGAAAUUAUUGACAGAGAAGACACUGAAGACACAAAACAUUCUUUUGAAAUAGCACCUCGUUUACAACCUCCCAUAAUUUUAGUAGCUAGCAGUUUUCAAGAUAAAGCCAAUUGGAUGGCUGAUUUAGUUAUGCUUAAUACAAAAAGUAUGUUAGAUAGAACUUUAAAUAGUAUUUUACUUGAUGAAGAUAAAAAAUUUCCUUUACGCCUACCAUCAAUUGAUGAAUAUAGGUUUGUUGAGCCAGACUCACGAUCUAAUAUAAUUUUUGAAGAAAAAGAAAAUAAUGGUGUACCUCUUAUAAAAGGCGCUACUCUUGUAAAACUUGUGGAACGACUGACAUAUCAUAUUUAUGCUGAUCCAAAGUUUGUACGAACUUUUCUAACAACAUAUCGAAGUUUUUGUUCUCCUCAUGAACUCUUAGAUCUUCUUAUUGAGAGAUAUAAUAUACCUGAACCAUUUGGUAUUAAAAUGGACACAAUAAGUUUAAGAGAUGAAAGCAAAAGAUUCAAAAAAGAAUACUUGGUUCCUGUCCAAUUUAGGGUACUUAAUGUAAUAAGACAUUGGGUAGACUAUCACUAUUAUGAUUAUCAAAGAGAUCCCAGUUUGCUAGAUAAGCUACAUAUUUUUUUAGAUUCUAUUAAUGGGAAAUCAAUGAAAAAAUGGGCCGACUCUGUUGUUAAAAUUCUACAAAGAAAAAAUACCGAAUCACAAAAAGAAAUAACAUUUGCUUUUAAUUCUCCUCCGCCUCCAGUUGAAGUACACAUGGAAUUUAAUGUUAAUGAAGAAUUCAAUAUUUUAUAUGUUCACCCAAUUGAGUUUGCUAGACAAUUAACUCUUAUAGAAUCAGAAAAUUAUAGGGCUGUAAAACCAUCUGAAUUGGUGGGUUCGGUGUGGACAAAAAAAGAUAAAGAACUUAAUUCACCUCAUUUACUAAGAUUAAUAAAGCGUACAACAAAUUUCAGUCGAUGGAUUGAAAAAGCUGUAGUUGAAUGUGAAAAUUUUGAAGAAAGAGUGGCUAUUGUUUCACGAUUCAUUGAAGUGAUGAUGGCUUUAGAUGAGUUAAAUAACUUUAAUGGAGUUUUGGGAGUUUUAUCAGCCAUGAGUUCAGCUGCAGUAUUUCGUCUUAAGAUUACAUUCCAAGCUGUUAAUGCUAGGCUUGAUAAAGCUUUAGAAGAAGCUCGUGAAUUGAGUAACAAUCAUUUUAGGAAAUACCAAGACAAAUUAAGAAGUAUUAAUCCACCAUGUGUUCCUUUUAUUGGUAUGUACCUUACAAAUAUUUUACAUAUUGAAGAAGGUAACCCAGAUUGCUUAACUAAUAGUCCUAAUUUAAUUAAUUUUAAUAAACGGCGAAAAGUUGCUGAAAUUAUUGCUGAAAUUCAACAAUACCAAAAUCAACCUUAUUGUUUAAAUGUUGAACCUAAAAUAAAGAAUUUCUUGGAAAACUUAAAUCCAUUUAAUGAUACUAAAGAUACUGAUAUUAGUAAUUAUUUGUAUGAAAAAUCUUUAGAAAUUGAACCUAGAAAUUGCAAACAAUUACCAAAAUAUCCGCGUAAAUGGCCUGAAUUAAAUCUGAAAUCACCAGGGUUAAAAACUAAAAUACGUAUUCCUUCUGCAUCUUCUAAAGAUUUGGAUGUUCAGGGUAGACGAAAAUUAAGCUCAUCAAGCUCUUUAGUUAUUCAAAUGGAUAAAAGAGAAGCGGAUGAUUCUGUAUUUGCACCAAUAUCAUUUACUAACAGUAAACAUUUUAAUGAUGUACCACCUGUACCACCACGACAUACUAAGCUUGAUACUAGUUUCAAACCUCCAAUACCACCAAGAAGGAUGGCUCCACCUCUACCACCUAGAAGAUCUCAAAUUGAACAAAUCCUAACUCCAAAAAAACUAAUUGUAGAUGUACCAAAAUUUGAAAUUUCACAAAAAGUGAAUAUAACCAAACAAACAUCAUCAAAUGGUCCUAAUAAAAAAGUUAUUGAACUUCAAGUAAGACCAACAGAUAUUUUAAAAAGAGAUAGUAUUAUUGAGCGCCCUGGUGGGCCACCAGUGUUAAGAUCAGAUAUAAUACAAUGUUCUAAAUAUCCAUUCAAACCUUUUAUUUUAAAAAGAACAGCUCCAUCAAUGUUUCAAUUUAAUGUAUAAAUAUAAUAAAUAGAAACUAUUUUAAGUGCACAUAAUAUUUAUAUUUCUAAGUAUGUUAAGUACUUUUAUUUUAUGUGUUCCCUUAAUAUUUUACACUAUUUUUUUUAAUUAUUAUACCUAAAUAAUUUGUUUGUGAUUAUAUUGUUUACUUGAUCAUUUGGAAUAAUCAAUUUUUCGAACAAAUAUUGAACUAUAAGUAUUAACAUAAUAAUAUUUUUCUUUAUUAUGUAUGAACUAAAUAUGAAUAAUUUAUGUAAAAUGUUUCUAAAACAAAUUUAUAUAUCCUAUUAAUUUAUUGAAGUUAAAAACUUUGACCACUGUGACAACUUAAAAAAUUUAUAUGUAUUUGUAUAUAGAUAUAGACGAAUAUUAUUGAAAACAAAUAGGAUUUUAACUUUUAUUAACUUAAUAAUUAUUAACCAUUGUUUAUAAUUCUACUCAACACAAGUUUCAAUAAAAAAGAUCAAAAUGUUAUUUAAAUAUUAAAUAAACAUAGAUAA